AUGCGGAUAGCGUUUGUUACGGCGGGCACGUGCCGUCAGUGGAGUCGGGGGUUGUUGUUUGCAGAGAGGAAACCGUUGUUGAGGCCUGGGUAUGGGCGAUGGGCUGUGAGGUGGAAUUCUUCUGGUACCGCAAUACAUGUAUCCGCACUUGCAGAGGAUGGGCUCGUCACACCAAUGCCUGAUGCACUCACUAAGCACAUCCCAGAAACAUCACCAAACGAGGUCCAAGUAAGCGGGAGAAGGUACAGGACUGAUGAAUGGAUGAACACACCUUCGUCUAUUUUAGCUGCAGUGCCUCGACGCCUUCAUCUUCAACCUGAUCAUCCGUUGACCAUUACACGCAAACUCAUCGAAUCACGGUUCCCAGGCUACCACACUCAUAACCACCUCUUCCCAGUUGUCACUACUGGUCAAAACUUCGACUCGCUGGGCUUUCCAUUGGAUCAUGUCGGACGAAGCCGGACAGACACGUACUACCUGAAUAAGGAGACUGUGUUGCGGACACACACCUCAGCGCACCAGGCUGACAUCUUCCGCCAAAAUGAGAGUGAAGGAUACCUCAUCAGUGCAGAUGUGUACCGAAGAGAUGCCGUGGAUCGAAGCCAUUAUCCCGUCUUCCACCAGAUGGAAGGCGCUCGAACUUGGAGUCGAGCACAAGCAGAGAAAGAGGGGAGGAAACUCGCUGAAGUGAUUUGGGAGGAUGUGGAGAGGAUUCCCAAACAUGACAUUGCCAUUGAAGAUCCCAACCCAGCAUUUCACCCUGAGCGCAACCCACUCCAAGCCUCACACUCUCCCGACGAAGUGGAAGCCAUCGCAGCACACUUGAAACGAAGCCUCGAAGACAUGGUUGUCGCCGUCUUCCGAGCAGCCAAAAGUGCCGCUGAUGCAGAGACACCCAAUACCGACAACGAACCCCUCCGUGUCCGGUGGGUGGAAGCCUACUUCCCCUUCACCUCACCCAGCUGGGAACUCGAAGUCUUCUGGCAGGGCGACUGGCUCGAAGUGCUCGGUAGCGGUAUCGUCUCGCAGCCCAUAUUGAACAACGCCUCCGUCCCCGAGAGAGUAGGGUGGGCCUUUGGCAUUGGCCUUGAACGCAUUGCCAUGCUCCUCUACUCCAUUCCUGAUAUCCGUCUCUUCUGGUCAAAAGACCCGCGCUUCCUCUCCCAGUUCAGCGAAAACCAGCCGAUUCGCCGCUUCGUCCCCUUUAGCAAAUACCCCGCUUGCUUCAAGGACGUGAGUUUCUGGCUUCGCUCUAGCUCUAAUGCUGCGGGUGGUGCAGCCGGUAUUCAUCCACCGGCAUCGCCAACGGCAUCUGCAUCUACAACCGUGGCAAACACGGCCAUGACAGAAGACACUGCCUCUGCAACCCCCAUCCCCCCCGCCGUCCCCGCACCCCUAUCCCCCUCGCAAUCCUUCCACGAAAACGACGUCAUGGAAAUCGCGCGCGAAGUGUGCGGCGACUUGGUCGAAGACGUGCGUCUGACAGAUGAAUUCGUGCACCCAAAGACUGGCCGCAGGAGCUUGUGCUACCGCAUCAAUUACCGCAGUCUGGAGCGCACCUUGACCAACGACGAGACCAACGAAAUGCACGAUCGGUUAUGUGCCCUUCUCGUACAGAGACUAGGCGUCGAGCUACGUCUAGUCUACAGCGGCACGCUGAAGAAGGGUUUGACUGCCGUAAACGGCAUAUAUGAACGAAGCGGCGAAUCUAGCUCCGGCUCUUGGGACAAGGCGUACUCUACCACGACUACUGUCCACUCGUCCCUGCGUCUGAUGCCGUACGCAGAUGCCGCCCCUCUUGCCGUGUGGGCUCGAUGCGUGCAUGCAGGCUGA